AUGAUGGCACAUGAUGACAAAUAUUUUGAAGAGACAAGAAAAAGUUUAUUUAAAUAUGUAAACAAUAGAGCAUUCCUCUCAAGUUCUUCAAGAAAUCGUGGAUCAACAAAUAGCGUUCAACAAUCUAUGAGAGAACGUAUUAAAAAGGUUGCUUUAAUAGAUAAACUAGAAACAGCACAAGUUGCUACAAUCGGAAAGGGAAAUGGUAAUGGAGGAGGAGAGGAUUGUUGUUUCUCUGUCUCUAUGAAUGAAAGAAAGAAUGUUAUUGCAGUUGCGAAUGGAAAAUCAGAACUUCUUUUAUUGAAUGAAGAUGGACAAAAAACUAAACAAUUUAAAACACAACACAGAGAAAUUGUCACUCAAAUACAUUUUAUGGAUAACAACAAGCAUAGACUUGAAAAUGAUAAUAGAAAAACAUCAACUAGUCAUGCAAUUGAUGACGAAUUUUUCUACACAUCAUCUUUGGACAAAACAAUCAAAGUUUGGCACGGAGAAAAUAAUAUUCAAACACUAAAGGAUCACAAAGAUUGGAUUCGGUGUUUGGAUACAUCUUGUGAUAAUUCGACUCUUCUUUCUGGUUGUAUUUCAGGUAGAAUAUUCGGAUAUGAUAUUAAUAAGGAACACCAAAUUUUGUUCCAAAUUCAAAAUGACCCUCAAAAUAUUCUAGGUGGAUUAAAUACUAUUAAUUCCAUACUUUGUACAAAUCAUUCACCUAGCAUGUUCUAUACAGGAUCUCGUGAUGGAUAUAUUAGACUGUACGACUCUAGAAAUUUAGUUUUCAACUCUAAUACAGGUUCCAAUACUGUCAAACCAAUUUUCAAAAUCAAAGCUCAUGAAGGAAAAAUGAAUCAAUUACAAAUUACCAAAGAUGACCAUCACCUUCUUUCUAGUGGUAGAGAUAGUGUAAUACGGUUGUUCGAUGUUAGAAAAUUACCUACAGGUACAUCUGAUCAAAUUAGUAAUUUGGACUCUAGUGUUAUUCAAAAGUAUCAAGAUCACAAAUGUAAGAGUUAUAAUGUCAGUAGCUGUUUCUUUGAUAAUGAAAAAUAUGUACUGACAGGAAGUGAGGAUAAUAAGGUUUACAUUUAUGAAAAGGAUUCUGGAAAACUUCUCCGCACAUUGAAUGGCCAUGAAGGUGUUGUACAUUUAAUUCUCAACAUUAAUGACAACAGAUUACUUACCAACUCUAUUGAAAGUUCAAGAUUAUUCUUCUGGGAAACAUCAACACAAAAGGUCAAUAUUAAAAUGGAUACUGAAAUAGAUGAUAGCUUUGAAAGGAGUAUUUUAGAGAGAGUAAUGAGACAACAUGGUGAUCAAAUUCUAAAUUUAUACCACUCCAACAGUCUCAACAAUGAGAAUGAAAAUAUGGGUCUAGGAAUGGCCAUGAAUCAGCUUGUUGUAAGUCCUGAAAACGAACACAUCUUUAGAGAUAUUUUACAAACCUUCAUUUCAACACUUGUACAAGAACAAGGAGGGAAUAGCAUUUUACCUAAUCUUGAUGAUUUGCUUGAUUCAUCUGAUGAUGAAACGUUUUAAAUAAAAUAUUUUCUUUUUU